AUGAAACAUAAAUCACAAUAUCGUGCACGCAGUAAUAUACCCAUAGACAAUGAAACCUACCUAGACAAUGGAUUAAUAUUGACUCGUUUUAAAAAAUCAAUACCAUCAAGUUCAUACUUGUUGGUUCUGAUUGUUGCUGAUUUUGAUUGUUUAUCUCAUUAUGACACAGGUAUUUAUAGAAAUAUUAUUAUGAGUGUAUGUGCUCAACCAGAUAUAAAAGAUGAUUUACAUUAUGCUCUUGAUAUAGCAACGAAGAAUAUUCAUGAUUUUGAAGAACAAUAUCAAAUCAAUUAUCCAUUGACCACAUGUGAUUAUAUUGUUGUAUCAAACUUUAAUAUGGGUAGAUGA